AUGGCCUCCGCCUCCGCCUCAAGCCCGGCCGCCGCCGGCCGCCCCGCAAAAGCCGACGUGGUCAUCCGCCUCGCCACCCGCGACGACGUCCCCGUCCUCGCCUCCAUCGCCGACGCCGCGUUCCGGACGGACGCGCACACGCAGCUCAAGGCCGCGUUCCGCGGGGCGGACGACUUCGCCGAGGGCAUGGCGCAGGCGCUGGCGUCCUGGGUGGACCACCCCAAGGUCGACGUCGUCGUCGCCGAGCAGCUGCACCCCGCCGGCAGCGGCAAGCUGGUGGGCUGGGCCGGGUGGGUACGGAGGGGGUUCGCCGGCGACACGGACGGGCCCCUGGGCGACGGCCCGUCCCAGGAGCCGACGGCGGAAGCCUGCCUCGGCGGGAGGACGGCGGGGACGUUGGCGGAGCUGGGCGAGCUGACGGACGCGUCGAUGGGGUACUGGGUGCGGCGGUUCAUGCCCGAGGGGGCGCGGUGCCGGUACCUGUGCAGCUACGUCGUGCACCCGGACUUCCAGUCGCGCGGCGUCGGGUCGCGGCUGAUGAGGUGGGGGACCGACAAGGCGGACGCGGAGCCGGGAGUGUACUGCUGGGUGCAGUCGUCCAUGGGCGGCAAGGCCGCGUUCGAGCGGCAGGGCUUCCGCGAGGCCGGGAGGCUGGAGGCGGACUUGGACGCCUUCGCCGAGGGGAAGACGCCGGGCGAGGAGAACGAGCAGAUCACGGGCAGCAGGGAUUCAUGGGGCAAGUAUGUUUGGGUGUACAUGAGGAGAGACGCGAGGGCGUGA